AGAAGAAGGAAGGCUGGUCAUGGGAGUCCUACCUAGAAGAGCAGAAGGCUAUCACUGCCCCCAUCAGCCUCUUCCAGGACUACCAGGCAGUCACUCAUAAUAAGAAUGGCUUCAAACUGGGCAUGAAGUUGGAAGGCAUUGACCCUCAACACCCGUCCAUGUACUUCAUCCUCACUGUGGCUGAGGUGUGUGGUUACCGCCUACGUCUACACUUUGAUGGGUAUUCCGAGUGCCAUGACUUCUGGAUCAAUGCCAACUCCCCUGACAUUCACCCUGCUGGCUGGUUUGAGAAGACCGGGCACAAACUGCAGCCCCCGAAAGGUUACAAGGAGGAGGAGUUCAGCUGGAGCCAGUACCUGCGCAGCACAAGAGCUCAGGCUGCCCCCAAGCACCUGUUUGUGAGCCAGAGCCACAGUCCCCCACCCCUGGGCUUCCAGGUGGGCAUGAAGUUGGAGGCUGUGGACCGCAUGAACCCAUCCCUCGUCUGUGUGGCCAGUGUGACCGACAUAGUGGACAGCCGCUUCCUAGUGCACUUUGACAACUGGGACGAUACUUACGACUACUGGUGUGAUCCCAGCAGCCCUUACAUCCACCCAGUGGGCUGGUGCCAGAAGCAAGGAAAACCCCUCACCCCUCCACAAGACUACCCAGACCCUGAUAGCUUCUGUUGGGAGAAGUAUCUGGAAGAAACCGGGGCAUCUGCUGUGCCCACUUGGGCCUUCAAGGUGCGACCUCCUCACAACUUCCUGGUCAACAUGAAGCUGGAGGCUGUGGACCGCAGGAACCCUGCUCUGAUUCGUGUGGCCAGCGUGGAGGAUGUGGAGGAUCACCGGAUAAAGCUCCACUUUGAUGGCUGGAGCCAUGCUUAUGACUUCUGGAUUGAUGCCGACCACCCAGACAUCCACCCUGCAGGCUGGUGCUCCAAGACAGGACAUGGCCUGCAACCUCCUCUCCGACCCAGAGAGCCCAGCUCUGCUUCCCCUGGAGGCUGUCCCCCUCUUGGCUAUAAGAGCCUGCCACACACUAGGACCUCAAAGUACAGCUUUCAUCACCGGAAGUGCCCUACUCCUGGUUGUGAUGGCUCUGGCCACGUCACAGGCAAGUUCACAGCUCACCAUUGCCUCUCAGGCUGCCCGCUGGCUGAGAGGAACCAGAGCCGGCUGAAAGCAGAGCUGUCCGACUCAGAGGCCUCGGCCCGUAAGAGGAACCUCUCAGGCUUUUCCCCAAGGAAGAAGCCUCGCCAUCACGGCCGGAUUGGACGUCCUCCAAAGUAUCGGAAGAUCCCACAGGAAGAUUUUCAGACACUCACCACUGGCGUCAUGCACCAGUCCCUCUUCAUGUCAGCCUUGUCAGCCCACCCAGACCGUUCACUCUCUGUGUGCUGGGAGCAGCAGUGCAAGCUCCUGCCUGGAGUGGCAGGUAUCUCAGCCUCAACAGUCGCCAAGUGGACCAUCGAUGAGGUCUUCGGCUUUGUUCAGACUCUGACAGGUUGUGAGGACCAAGCACGACUCUUCAAAGAUGAGGUAAGGUGCACAUGCAGUGUGGGAGACUGAGAAGGGGUCACUGUGUCCCCCCA